AUGGUGCCAUCUAACAUGCACCUUCAAAUCACUCAGCAGUUACUUUAUCUGUCCGGUCAUCUGCAUGAGAUUGAUAAUUUCAAGAAGCAGAUCGAUAGCUAUGAAGUGCAGAUAACCACAAUGCGUCGCCAAAAUGAUGAACUCGAUACGCAGAUGAAAACAAAUCUGGCAAGGAUCAGUGGCAUGGAAACAACUCUGGCUGCAGCACAACGAGAAAUUGAAAAGAUCACUGAACUGAACAAUCGUUUACAGAUGGACAAAAAUGAACUUGGCGGUGCGAAGCAGAAGGGUGAGACGGAGUUGAAUCUGAUGCGUGAGCGAAUCCGCAAAUUGGAGCAGGACAUUGAGCGCUUGAAAAAGGAAAACCAGGCGAAUACUGUACCAAAUUUGCCACCUUAA